GUCCACAGAUAUUUUGAUUAGUGGGGAUAAAAGUCAUAUAAGCUUUACUUAUUUUUGGGUUCUUCCGUUUCCCUACUGUUACUGGGUAUAGGGUUUGAUCGAGAACGAGAGAACUGAGAAGAUGAUAGACUUCACUCGUGUGCAGAAGGAGCUACAAGAGUGUAGCAGAGAAAAAGACUCUUCGGGCAUUAGGGUCUCUCCAAAAUCAGACAAUCUUGCUCGCUUGACUGGCAUCAUCCCUGGUCCCCUUGGUACUCCCUAUGAAGGAGGCUCCUUUGAGAUCGAUAUCACAUUGCCUGAUGGGUAUCCGUUUGAGCCUCCCAAAAUGAAGUUUGUGACCAAAGUUUGGCACCCAAACAUUAGCAGUCAAAGUGGUGCGAUAUGCCUGGAUAUAUUGAAGGACCAGUGGAGCCCUGCACUCACUCUUAAGACGGCUCUUCUUUCUGUCCAAGCUUUGCUCUCUGCUCCUGAACCUGAUGAUCCUCAAGAUGCUGUAGUAGCACAACAGUAUCUUAGAGAGUAUCAGACAUUUGUUGGUACAGCUCGUUACUGGACAGAAAGUUUUGCCAAGGCCUCUUCUUUAAGGGUUGAUGGAAAGGUGCAACGACUUGUGGAAAUGGGCUUUGCUGAUGGUUUGGUGAGAAGUACUCUAGAAGCUGUUGGCGGUGAUGAAAACCUAGCUCUUGAAAAGCUUUUAUCCAGCUGAUCUGUGCCAGAGCUGCCAAUUUGUUCUACUUAAGUUAAUUUCACCUACCUGGUGAAUCUGAACACUAUACUUUAGUAUACAAUGACACAAAGGAUUAUAUCUGAAUAUUAGCUGUUUUAUGGACUGUGCUUAUGAACAACUUUUUACUGGAUGAUAUGUUGUUACUUGCAUUUUGUUGAUCAGCAGCUUCCUUCUGCUGCGGUGCUGCCAAUACCGGCGUUCUUGAAGAUUAUUUGUAUGCUAAGUCCUCUUUCUGAUCAAUUAACUACUGAACUAUGGAAAAAAUGACGCUGAUUGAAGUUCAAUCAGAAGAGUGAGUUGGGAGGUUCUGUGGGAUUAAUUAUUUUUCUCUUAGUCUAUACAUGCUUCUUUAAUCUAUAUAUGAUAGAAAUUGAGCUGGGAAGUUAUGUAGGAUUAUCAGAGUGGCAGAGAUAGGAGGAUGCAUGAGAGAGAGUGCUGAAUGGCUGCUAAAUGCUUGCUGUUGCCGAACCGCCAUUUGCCAUCGAUAUUUUUGUCGAAAACCAAAGAAAUUUUGUGAGGGAGUGUGAGAACAUGAGUCCAAAUAUCGAUAAGUGGCAACGGAAACCAUAGUAAAUAAAAAUAUUUCCGAGGGAUUCAAGACUAUUUUUACCUUUUCUUUUGUAGCGUUGAUCUAUUAUCUAUCUGAAGGAUGUAGAAUUGAGGUUGACGGGUAUGGCGCCAUGUGCAAAAUGCAAGGAAAAUGUGCAUGUUGUCUAACAUAUGCUCUGCUAUACCAUUCAGGUUCCAACAGCUAAAAUUGCACGCGUUAGCUCACCCGGAGCUUCAAAAUGUUAUCGCCAAAUUUGUCUGUGAUCAACAACCCUGAAGGAAUGUUGCCUGUAGCAGUCAUUUUUACUGCAUGAUAAGCUGUUGAAUGAGGUGUACCAGAAACCUGUGAAUGAACUGUUAGGGAUAUUUGACAAUAAAAAAGAUAUAGCGGCUUUUUUUCCUCUUAGAAGCCUUAGGAGAUAAUCAGAAAUAUUUUUGUUAUUUGUGCAAACUUGAUAUGUCAAGUUAGUAUGUCUUCGUCUCUCUUUGUACUUCUUUUUCGACUUCAUUCUUUUUAAUUUGCGCAUCUAAACGCAAAUAUAAAGAGCACUCUUUGCUUUUAUCUCUAAUCGCCUUUUAUCUUCC